AUGCAGAGGAGAGUACCACAGAUCCGUCCUGAUGUUACAAGAGAAAGUAAUAAAGUUUCUCUAACUGUAUCAAGUGUCCCUCAGCCUGUCCUCACAGUGUCUCCAUCAUGGCCGAGUCCUGGAGACUCAGUGACUCUGACCUGCAGAGUUGAACCUCAGUCUGCAGGAUGGAGGUUCUUCUGGUAUAAGACUGUUCCAGAUCUGUCAACCACCAACUCAUACACCUCUGAGCUUCUACCUGGUAGCACCACGGGGACUGAACAGGGUUCCUACAUUCUUCCAGCAGCGUCUCUCACAGUGAGUCCUCACAGACUGCAGCACUUCAGCAGAGAGUCACUGUCACUGAGCUGUGAGGGAACCUCUACUAAGUGGAGAGUGAAGAAGGCUGAUGAAUAUGGUGACGUGUCAUUCUGUUCUAACUGGGGUAAAAUGACUGGAUCCACAUGCAACAUCAACACUAGAGCGAGUAGUGGAGUGUACUGGUGUGAGUCUGAAACACAGUACAGCAAUGCAGCCAACAUCACUAUACACAGAGGUGAUGUCAUCCUGGUGAGUCCUUUCCGUCCUGUGACUGAGGGACAUUCGGUCACUCUUGGCUGCAAGUUGAGGACAGAAAACCUUCUUUAUGAUGUGGAUUUCUAUAAAAAUGACAAACUCGUCCCAAAUGCUGUCAGAGGGGAGUUGCUUAUCUCUGCAGUUACUAAGUCUGAUGAAGGCUUUUAUAAAUGUAGAGGAUGGAAAUCACCUCGAGGUUUGGAGACUUUGACCUCAGCAGAGAGCUGGUUGUCAGUGAAAUGUGAGUAUGAGUUUAGUAACAUGUGUUACAGUCUGAGUUAG